AUGCAAAUGGACACAGAGGGCCGGUAUCUCUACAACAGUCUGUCCCCCAAAAAGACCGAGUGCUGCGCCCUAUGGCAGUGGAAGUCAUGUCUUAUAUCCACCGUAAUGUCUGCCCCCGAUUACUGUGAUACCAAAGGUGUCGCCAAUUUGUUUAUUAGUAGUUAUUGUAGGGAUUACUUAGAGUCGGCCGACAAUUGCGGCCCAUUUUGGACGGAAUGGAAGAUUAUAUUGCUGUCAGUGUUCGGCUCCCUUAUAGCCAUUUUGCUGACCAUAUGUUGUGCUGAUUGUGUUCGUUAUAAAUACAGGAUUCAGAAACAGAGGACUCUUUAUAAGGCUAAUAGAGAUAAGAUAAGUGGUGAAGACUUGCUGUCGUUGGACACCCGUCUCAAGAUAGGGUCGACCGACAAAUGGGUUGUCUUUAGUCUUAUGGAUGAGGAGUUUGUGGCAAAAAUCCACUCGUUUGUGAUCUAUGGAAACACCGGAACCGAUAUCAUUGUCAUUACUAAAGAUGAUGAGGUCUUCCACACCACCACUGCUAAUGUCAAUCAAAUGAACAAAAUAGAUAUGUUGAGCAAAAAAGGAGUCAAAAAGAUAAGUACAGGCGCUAAGCAUGUCUGCGCCCUCACAUCGAACGGUGAAGUCUAUGUUUGGGGAGAAAAUGAAUCGUACCAGUUGGGAACGGGUGAUACUACAGCCUCGGCCAUACCAUUGCUAUUAAAUUUUAAUUUAACAAAUGAAAAGAUUGUGGACAUAGCGUGUGGUGGCAACCAUAGCCUGGCCCUUACAGAUGGCGGACACGUCUACGCCUGGGGUCUCAACAGUUCGGGUGAAAUAGGAAACGGAACCGUCAAUAACCAGUCGACACCCUAUAAAUUAGGUCUGGCAAAUACACAGGCUAACCAACCGCUCCCCAAUCAAAUGGCCUACUUUGAUGAGAUGACAGUUAGCAAGGUGGUCUGCGGCUAUGCCCAUACCCUUGUCCUAACUGACGAGGGACAUUUAUACGCAAUUGGAAAUAAUAGUAAUGGUGAAUUGGGCACUGGGAAUGUAACCGCACAAACCACUCCAAAUAAACUAGAUGCUAAAUUGGGCCGAUUUAUAGACAUCGCGUCCAUUCAUUACACGCGUAUAUCAACGGCAGUCACCGUAAAAGGAAAGCAUUAUGUGUGGGGUCAGUGUCAGAGCCCCUAUGGAGACCUUGUUAACCCUACAGAGGUCAAAGUUGACUCUUUGCAUCAUAUGUUUGCUAUGUUUGCAACACCUCGAGUGACCGACUAUCCAAUCGUAAUGAGUGAACACCCGGAUAGCCCGGUGCUCCAUAGUUUGUGCAAGUGCUUUAACGAUAGGUUAACAAGCACAUUUAAGUUCAUAGUGGAGAGAAAGCCUAUUCAUGUACACGAAGACUAUCUUAUAAUGAGAUGCGAACACUUGCGGACUAUUUUUGCUGACAUGGACAAGGGUGCUGAAAAGGAACUGGAGAUGAACGAAUACUCGUAUGUGGUUUACGAGGCAUUCCUGCGAUACCUAUACACGGGUGAGGUAUAUGUGGAACCGGAGUCUGGGAUCGAGUUAUUAGAUUUGGCCGAAAAGUACUGCGAGACUGACCUUAAGAUAAAAUGUGUCCGACUUUUGAGGAAAGGCAUUACCAUUGAGAACGUGGCCCUAAUAUAUUCGGCGGCCAUUCACAAAAAAGUGACUGAACUGGAGGAUUUGUGUUUCAAGUUUGCCCUUGCUCAUAUCACUGCAGUCACACAAACACCUACUUUCGACUCAUUGGAGCAAAGAAUUUAUAAGAAUUUUAUUGCUAAGGCUUCCGUCAAAGGGGUGUUUAAACGCUAAUCCAUUUAAAGUA